UGUGUCCAGGGUGGGACGUCCCACUGGAAAUGUCUUGUGUGUGAACUGCUGAUCCUGUUAGAUCGUCUCGUCCCCACUCACAGCUGACUUCUCUCCUGGUUGGUGUACCCGCUCUGCGAAGUUAAAGACGUUGAAGAUGAGGCUGUGGAUCGUUUUCCUCGUGUGCCUGGCCGGCCACGCCAUGGCUGCUCCCACUGAGGAGGAGCCCGUUGUGGAGGAGCUGGUGACGGAGGAGCCCGUUGUUGAGGAGGUGGAGACGGAGACGGAGGUCGGAGCCAACCCCGUCCAGGUGGAGGUCGGAGAGUUUGACGAAGCCAUCGAGGUCGAAGAAGAAGAAGAAGUUGUUGCUGCUGCUGAUAAUGCAUGCCUGACCCAUCACUGCAAGAAGGGCAAAGUGUGUGAGAUCGAUGAGAGCAACACCCCCAUGUGUGUGUGCCAGGACCCAUCCACCUGCCCCAUCGCCGAGGGAGAGUUCGAGCACGUCUGCGGCACCAACAACAACACCUACGACACUUCUUGCCACUUCUUUGCCACCAAGUGCGCCCUGGAGGGAACCAAGAAGGGCCACAAGCUGCACCUCGACUACAUCGGACCCUGCAAACUCAUCGAGUCGUGCCUGGACAGCGAGCUGACCGAGUUCCCCCUGCGCAUGAGGGACUGGCUGAAGAACGUUCUGGUGACUCUGUACGAGCGCGACGAGGAGAACAACCUGCUGACGGAGAAGCAGAAGCUCAGGGUGAAGAAGAUCUACGAGAACGAGAAGAGGCUGCAGGCCGGCGAGCACACCCUGGACCUGCUGGCCCUGGACUUUGAGAAGAACUACAACAUGUACAUCUUCCCCGUGCACUGGCAGUUCGGCCAGCUGGAUCAGCAUCCCGUUGACGGAUACCUGACCCACUCCGAGCUCGCCCCCCUGCGCGCUCCUCUCAUCCCCAUGGAGCAUUGCACCACCCGCUUCUUCGAGACCUGCGACUCCGACGGCGACAAAUACAUCGCCCUGGAGGAGUGGGCCAACUGCUUCGGCAUCAAAGAGCAGGACGUGGACAAAAGCCUCAUCGUCUAAGCUCUCCAGCCGCGCGGUGUCGGACAACUAGAGUUGUUACUAACCAGAAAAAGGUGCUGAUCCUUACAUUUAAGAAACAAACAAAAAAAAAUCACAGCUAAGGUGCUAAUUGCAAAUACAUUUUUUUAUUUUAUUUCUAAAUGAUGAUCUUUCUUAGAUAUACCACUACAAAAGAUUCCAAAAGAGAAACAUGCACGGUCUGUACUAACCAUCACAUCUUCAGAAACAUUGAGUAAGGAAAACUAAAGACCUCUGAUGUAAAUUUAUGUCAUCGACAAUAUUAUUUGCUGUAUGUGCUAUAAAAUGUGUUCAGGGCUUUUAAUUGGAGAUAAAGUCUGAAACAUUAUCUUGGGGAGAUGAAACUGUAAAGUUGAAAAUAAAGUUUCUAAAUAAAUA